UGGACCGGCGGCGGGCGGGCAGGAGCGCGCCGAGCGGCGGGGACGCGCCCACAGCGAGGCCUGCGCCAGGCUGCGGGCACCAUGCGGCGGGCACGGAGCAGCGCUGCCGGCCCAGCGCUCCGGCAGAAGCGGCCCCCGGCCCCCCGCUCCCCCGCGGCCGCUCCCGCCGCCCCCGCGCCCGGCGGCUCCAGACGCUCGGCGGGCCAGGCCGCGCCGCCGUCGGCCAAGCAGCGGCGGGCCCAGGAGGCGGGCACCGGGGAGCCGCCGCCCCAGCUCGCGCCGCCGCCCGCGACCCCGACGCCCUCGGGGUCCGCGCUGGACCUGGGGGAGCAGCGGGAGCGCUGGGAGACGUUCCAGAAGCGGCAGCGGCUCACGUUUGAGGGCGCCGCCAAGCUCCUGCUGGACACCUAUGAAUAUCAGGGCCUUGUGAAACACACAGGAGGCUGCCACUGUGGAGCAGUUCGUUUUGAAGUUUGGGCGUCAGCUGACUUGCACAUCUUUGACUGCAACUGCAGCAUUUGCAAGAAGAAGCAGAAUAGACACUUCAUUGUUCCAGCUUCUCGCUUCAAACUCCUGAAGGGAGCCGACAGCUUAACCACAUACACGUUCAAUACACACAAAGCACAGCACACCUUCUGUAAGAAAUGUGGUGUUCAGAGCUUUUACACUCCUCGCUCAAACCCUGGAGGCUUCGGAAUUGCCCCACACUGCCUGGAUGAGGGCACCGUGCGGAGUGUAGUCAUUGAGGAAUUCAAUGGCAGCAAUUGGGAGAAAGCCGUGAAGGAGCAUAAGACCAUUAAGAACAUGUCUAAAGAAUGAACCUCCACUUCUCCUUUCCUGAAAAGGAGGAACUGGGGUUACCACCUGGCUAUCCCUCUGCACCUCAGUGGUGCUCGUGAAUGUGACUGACCCGGGCUGCCAGUUCUGCUAUCCAGCAGAUAUCUCAUUUUGCUCUAGGUUACCACUUUCUGUAGGCAGCUCUUUAUCCCUCCUUGAAAAAUCAAAAUCAAAUUUUGUCCCUCCAUCAAAAUUUGAUGUAGGCUUGUUGACCUUUCUCUACCCAACUUUUGUGUGAUCUUUUAGAAAAAUAAAUAUUUUUAACAUUAAAG